UUGUAGAUAGCUUUCUCUGUUUGUGAAACGACCACCACAACUUGAAAAUUUCGUUUCAUUUCUAUUCAAGAAGUUAAACUCUCUUUCAUUCACUCUUUCAUCUAUUGUUUCCUUUCUUGAGAAAAAAAAGAUAACAAAAAUGGCUAUUGGAGAAGUUUUUAUUGGCGCACUAAUUACUGUAUUGAUUGACAAGUUGGCCUCUGGCGAGCUAAUGAAAUUUCUGCGUGGAGUAGGAAUCGAUGCCCAGCUGAAAGAAUGGCGUAGAAAAUUGUUGAUGAUGAGAGCAGUGCUUACUGAUGCUGAAAACAAGCAAACGGCGGAGAUAACUGUGAAGGAGUGGCUGCACAAUCUGGAGAAUUUGGCUUAUGAUCUGGAGGACCUAGUGGAUGAGUUGAACACUAAAGCUUCCCUGCACAAAAUAAGGAAAAUUCAUCAAGCCAACAGGCCAAGCACUAGUAUGGUACGGAAGCUUAUUCCCUCUUGUUGUACUAAUUUCUCUUUCCAUGAUUUUAUGUCCGAUCACAGGAUGGCUUCCGAGCUGAAAGUGAUUAGUUGUCGAUUGGAAACUCUAAUGAAAGAGCUUAGUACCCUCGAAUUGGUCAAGAAUGUGAGCGAAAUGCCUUACAAAACAACAAAAAGGUUGGAUCUGACUUCAGUUGUUGAAGAAUCUGAAGUAUAUGGCAGGGAAAAGGACAAAGAGAAUAUACUCAAUAUGUUGUUGGGGGGAGAAUCAAGUAAUCAUCCAAUAUCUGUGAUUCCAAUAGUGGGCAUGGGAGGUGUCGGCAAAACAACUCUUGCACAACUUGUGUACAAUGAUGACAGAGUAAAGGAUGAGUUUGAUCUGAAGGCGUGGGCUUGCGUUUCCGAUCAAUUUGAUGCUUUAAUGGUUACAAAAACCAUUCUUAAUCAGGUUUCCCCUAGAAGGUACGACGACGAUGAUUUUAACACACUUCAGGUGAAACUAAAGCAAAAUCUGUCAAACAAGAAAUUUCUAUUAGUUUUAGAUGAUGUUUGGAACGAAAAUUUUGAAGAUUGGGACAUCCUAAAGCGUCCAUUCCUGGCUAGCAAACCUGGAAGCAAAAUCAUCGUUACAACUCGUCAGCAUUCGGUGGUGCAAAACAUGACUCAUAGACCAGCCUAUGAUUUGAAUGUGCUGUCGGGUACUGAUGCUUUAUCAUUGUUGGCUCAACAUGCACUUGAAGCCAAAACUUUUGAUGCACGUCCAGAUCUAAGAGAUAUUGGUAGGGCCGUCGUGAAAAGAUGUGAAAACUUGCCACUGGCAGUGAAGGCACUUGGAGGGCUUCUACGAACAAUGGUUAGUCCUAAUGAAUGGGAGGAUGUAUUGAAUAGUGAGAUUUGGAUAGCAGAAGACAAAAGUAAAAUUCUUCCUUCUUUAAAACUGAGUUACCAAUAUCUGCGUCCAGAGCUGAAAAGAUGCUUUGCUUACUGUGCUCUGUUUCCUAGAGACUACGAGUUUGACAAAUCCAGGCUAGUGUACCUUUGGAUAGCAGAAGGUUUUUUACAAGUGUCACAAAGAGAAAUGCCAACACAAGUAGGCAGUAAAUAUUUUGAGGAACUCUUCCUGAGGUCAUUCUUCCAAAAGUCAAGUGCCGAUGCUUCUUACUAUGUGAUGCAUGACCUCCUUAAUGAUCUAGCUAAAUUUGUUGCUGGUGACAAAUGUUUGAGGAUGGACGAUGAGUCGCAGGAAAAUCUUCCCAGCAACAUUUCUGAAAAUCUCCGUCAUUUGUCAUUCAUUCGCCAUGAAUAUGAAUUGUACCAAAGAUUUAAUUUUGUGAAGGAAGGUCGAAGCUUAAGAACAUUUUUGCCCCUACCCAUUCAGAACAAAUAUCCCAAAAAAUUCUUUCCCCAAAGAGUUUUGCAUGACAUAUUGCCGAAAUUGCACUGCUUAAGAGUGCUAUCGUUAAAUGGUUAUUUUAUAUAUGAGUUGCCAAAUUCUGUUGGUGAUUUAAAACAUUUACGGUACCUAGACCUAACUAGAACUUUAUUGAAGUGCUUGCCUGAAUCUGUGACCAAUCUUAUCAAUUUACAAGUGUUGAUUCUGAGAGAAUGCCAGAGACUUACAAAAUUACCUGCCAGCAUGGAAAAUCUAAUUAAUCUUUUCUAUCUGGACAUUGAUAGUACUGGAAAAUUAAUUGAGAUGCCUCAAGGAAUCGCACAACUAAAAAGUUUGCAGACAUUACCCAAGAUGAUUGUGAGUAAAAGCAGUGGGAUGAGGUUAAAUGACUUGGGGAAUCUAUCACUUCUACAAGGUCAAAUUUCUAUUGAGGAAUUGCAAAAUGUGGUAAAUGUUCAGGAAGCAAUUGAUGCGAGCCUAACGUAUAAUCCAAGCCUUAAAAAAGUAAGGUUGGCAUGGAGUAACGAGUUUGGUGAUUCCCGAAAUGAAAUUCUGGAACUCGACGUGUUUAAUGCUUUAAAGCCUCAUUAUAACUUAGAAAGUCUUGAAAUUGAUUUUUAUGGAGGUUCAAAAUUCUCUAAUUGGAUUGGAGAUUUAUCGUUCAGAAAUUUGAAAGAGAUAAGCUUAAGUUGUUGUGGAAAUUGCACGACUUUACCGUCGUUAGGGCAACUACCUUCCUUAAGAGAAUUGAGCAUUAGUGGGAUGAAUCGAGUAAAAGUGAUAGGAGCUGAAUUUUAUGGAAAUAAAGGCCCUUUUCCAGCGCUAGAGAGGCUGACUUUUGAGGACAUGCUAGAUUGGGAGGAAUGGCUUGGAUUAACACAUGAAGUAGAAGGUAUUGUCAGAUUUCCUCAGCUCUCUAAAUUAUGCAUACGACGAUGUCCCAAAUUGGUCAAGUUACCGAUUCCCUCACUGCCAUCCCUUUGUGAAUUGAGCAUUGGAGGGAUGGAUCGAGUAAAAGUGAUAGGAGCUGAAUUUUAUGGAGAUAAAGGCCCUUUUCCGGCGCUAGAGAGGCUGACUAUUGAAGACAUGCCAGAUUGGGAGGAAUGGCUUGGAUUAACACAUGAAGUAGAAUGUAUUGUCAGAUUUCCUCUGCUCUCUAAAUUGUGCAUACGACGAUGUCCCAAAUUGGUCAGGUUCCCGAUUCCCUCACUGCCAUCCCUUUGUGAAUUGAGCAUUGGAGGGAUGGAUCAAGUAAAAGUGAUAGGAGCUGAAUUUUAUGGAGAUAAAGACCCUUUUCCAGCGCUAGAGAGGCUGACUUUUGAGGACAUGCCAAAUUGGGAGGAAUGGCUUGGAUUAACACAUGAAGUAGAAGGUAUUGUCAGAUUUCCUCAGCUCUCUGAAUUGUGCAUACGACAAUGUCCAAAAUUGGUCAAGUUACCAAUUCUCUCAUUGCCAUCUCUUCGUGAACUACUAGCAUAUGAGUGUAAUGAGGUGGUGCUAAGUCAUAUGUACAAUCUGAAAUCUUUAACCAAAUUAAAUUUGGGGAAAAUUUUUAGAUUGACUUCAGUUUCAAAAGCAUUUAUGCAGUUUCCUUUUGCACUUGAAAAUUUGGAAGUUCGUGAAUGUAAUGACCUUGAGACUCUAUGGCCAAGUGAUCGUGUUGCUCAAAGCCUAGUCAACCUACGACGGUUGUCUGUUGACAGGUGUCCUAAGCUCUUGACCCUUAGAGACAUUGAUGCUCUUCCAGUUCUUAGAGACCUUCACAUAUGGCAAUGUGAAUCUCUAGAGUUCGUUCCCAAUAGCAUGUCUUGUCUAGUAAAAUUAGAAAUCAUGAAUUGUUCCUCAUUGAAGACCAUGAUGAAGCUACAAGAUUGCAACACCUCACUUAAAUUUCUUUUGGUCGGAAAGCGGGUGAAUUUUAAUUUGACAAAUUUACUGGGAUCAGUUCACAAUUACACAAGUCUCCAACAGUUAUAUAUAUUUGCAUGUGAUGAUUUGGAGUCGUUUCCCCCUGGAGGCUUGCCCACUCCCAAUUUAAAAAUUCUUCACAUAGAUGAUUGUCAACAAUUGAAGUCCUUACCUGAUCGGAUGGAACUAAUUUCAUCCCUUGAAGAGCUGUCAGUAUCGCGUUGUCCUUUAGUAGUAGAGCCCUUUCCCCAAAGGAAAUUUCCUCCAAAUAUGACGGUUCUUUCAUUCUAUAAUUGUGGGAAUCUAAAACCCCUGGGGGAGUGGGGCUUACACAAAAUCACCUCUCUUGAAAAUAUCAAAUUGCGUUGUUGCUAUCAAGAGCUGGUUUCCUUCUCUGAUGACGACAAUGAUAAUGAUAACAACCAUUUGCUUCCUCCAUCUAUAAGGGCAUUGUACUUGUCUGACUUGCCCAAUCUAGAAAGUCUAUCAAAGGGCUUCCAAAACCUCACAUCACUUCGGCAUUUAUCAAUCGACCGCUGUCAAAAACUUGGGGCGUUGCCUAUGGAAGACCAGCUUGACAGGCUUUGGAGUCUUCGUAUUUAUGAGUGCCUGCUUCUUAAAAAACGGUGUUUGAAGAACAAAGGAGACUACUGGCCAAUCAUCGCUGACAUUCCCGACAUUCAAAUUGAUUACAUUUCUGUCCAUGAUCCAGAUCAAUGUUCAUGAAACCCUCAAGUAACAAAUACAAUUUGCUGAAACAAACAACACAAUUUCGACUUUCCCGAAGAAAUUAUAUCACACGUCUUUUCAUCAUCAGAAGCUCCUUGCUCAUCUGGAUGCAAAAACAUGUUGUUUCUGCUGAAAAGAGAAGCAAAAGAGAGAAUUCUAAACCUCUUAUGAACAACUGAUUAGUGUCUGGUCCUUCAUUGCCAAACAAGUCUGAGGUUCACAGAUUAAUUGGAGGCUCUUAGCUCAUCAUUGUCUUAAACAUUAUUCUGUUCGUUGGAACUUCUUCAAGGUCCCUUUUUAGGGCAACUCAGAUGUGGAAAGUAGAGAAUAUUUUGAAGAUCCUGUAAUUGCAGAAAGCCAUGGCAGAGGGGCAACAAACGUUUAUUAACUCGAAUUGGAAAUUCUAAUUGAUGUGGAGUAUGAACCAUUGUUCCUGAAAGAGGAGAAAACGGCUUCGCAAAUUAAGAGGGACAACCUUAACAUCAAGAGAAUUCUGGUGCUACUGUCUGUAUGGAUUUGUUUCUUGCUUCUUCAAAUGUUCAAGGCAGGGGUGGUCCCGAGCUUCGAAAGCACGUUGGCGAAUAAUGGAGCAAAAAUGAGUGUUAUACACCGAAAGGGGGACAAUUUAAAGGGUACCAUGGGAAGAUACAAGGAUUUCCAUUUGGCAUAUAAUAUAUUAUGGGAAAGAUAUCCAAUAUGGAGUCUAACGCAAAAAGAUGGGUUGCAAAUCAGAGUUGUAGAUAAAAUGUUAUGCGAAACUAGAGUUGGACUGCAGAGACGAGUACAAGCGGCUACCGGUGUAAGGUGGUGGCGCAAGUUGAAGCAUCACUGGUUCAAGUUAGCGGCACCAAACUUUGUGGGUGGUCUCGGGCUGGUGAUUCUGGUGUUUUGGCAUGAUUUUCAAGGAAAUCUAUUUAACCCAAUGAAUAGUCAAUUUGUUUAUUGCUUAAAUGAUGUGUAAUUAAACUUAUUUGUUAGGAUAAUCGACGAAGCCUAAUUUUGAAGAAAUAGCUCUGAUAUUGUAAAAAGUGCACGUCUUUACCAGCACUAGAGUAUUUACCCUUGUGUAGAGACUUGAGCAUGAAUCAAUUAAAAGUAAUUAUAGAGGAAUUUUAUGGAAA